CUGGAAUAACUUGAGUGAUGGUUUGAGAUUAGCUGGUGGAUGUUUAAUCACUUUCUAGUAAAUAUAGGAGCUUUAGAAUCAAACUGAAGCUACACUAAUAUACAUUGGAUAUUAAAACACAUAUUGAAAUCAAAAUCAAAACUUUUGCAUCAAGUCAAGAACUAUUCAACUACGAGUGAAACGGAGGUGUGGUAAUUCAUCAGGACUUGAGUUAGGUGAGAUACAAGAUGCUUACGUAAUUGCUGUAGAAGACCAGGCUAAAGAACGCUUAGAGAGACUAUCAGCUCUUAAUAAACUCAAACCCAUAGAUAUGACCAAAUUGUCUGGUCUUCAUGACAACGGAGACCUACAGACAACAAACGGCAAUAUAGGACAUAAUAAUUUGCAUGAUUCUAUUCCAUCGGUAGUGCAGCACCCUAGUAAUAACUCUAGUCCAUCCCCCCAUAUGAGACCUGCUCCCCCAGCAGGCCCCACAUACCAUGACAGUGUGACUCCAGCUUACGGUCACUCCUAUACCCCAAGUGCAAUUAACGGCAACUCAAACACCUCAAACAUGAAUGGAUAUGCAGUUGACUCUAGAAACCCACUCAAAGUAAAUGUGCAAGUUGAAAACACAUCACAGGAAAAUGGUCACAUCCCAUCAAGUAGCUCGAAGGACUCAUUAACGGAUUACAAUAACAGUAACUAUAUUGAGGGAUAUAACUCAAAUGGACCCCCUUUAUAUCAAAAUGGUAAACCAAGUAAAAGUACUGAACCUCUCAUUGAAGGUGCUGUAGAGUAUAGUGACAGCAGUGACUGUAGAGAAAUGGCUAUUGAUGUACCAGAGAACUUUGAGGGUACAGUAAAACAGCGUCCAAGUUAUCCAUCGUUAAAAUCACGGGAUAGCUAUGUGCCUCCCCAACCAUCAAAUCCUGCCCCUAGUAUUCAGAUAAAUAACCCUGGUGGGGAGAGCAGCACUGAUGCUGGAUUUAUGGGUUCCCAGGAGCUUACAAGAGAUGAUAUCUCUAAGGAGCAAUUAGAGCGUAUACGGAUGCAUCAGGAAAGUCUACGCAAACGCAAAGAGGAAGAGGAUAAAUAUACAAGGGAACAAAAUUUUUUACGAGAGUCCUUGCGGGGCUCUAAAAAAAUGCAAGCACUUUCUGAACAAGGUCGCCCUCCUGUACCAACUUCAGGGUUUGUAAAUACAGCAUACUUGGAGGAAGAUGAAAAUAAGGAUGUACAGUAUGAAGGUGCCACUUUACAGGUCAGGGGAAAACCACCACCGGGGGCUCAGAAACCAUUAGAUAUCACAGACCUGUACAGAUCCCUUGGUAGAGUUCAGAGCCAGGUGCAGUCAACAGAAUAUCAGGAAAAACUGACUGCCAUUCAGCGUUUACUCGAGACCCAGCGAUUCCAAAGGGCUUUAGCAGCACAUAAUAAAAUUGUGGAGGUUGUGUCUAAAACUCCACCAACUACAGCAUUAGGGGCGAAUUCUCAGGAGUUGGUCGGGUCAGCUCUGAUAGAACUUGAUGAAUAUACGGGGCCCCAGACUGAUGAGCUUAUGAACAUCCUGCAGAAUGCAAAUGUCCAGAGCCUUAUGUUGGCCCAUGAUCAAAUUGCCCAGCGUGCUAGUCUUCCUCCAACUCUAACAGCCGAUGACAUUGUACUUGAAAGAGCCUCACAGUAUGGAGAAGAUAAUAUUAAAAUAAUACGCCUACAGAAAACUACAGAUCCUCUUGGUGCUACAGUUAGAAAUGAUGGAGAGUCAGUUAUCAUAGGCAGGAUAGUAAAAGGUGGCGCUGCUGACAAGAGUGGACUGCUACAUGAAGGUGACGAGAUACUAGAGAUCAACGGGGAAGACAUGAGGGGCAAGACAGUCAAUGAUGUGUUCGACUUUAUGGCCAACUUAACAGGAACUCUAACCUUCUUAAUUGUGCCAAACCCUGACAACACCCUCCUUAUGCCCCGUACCCAAGAGCCACCAAGAGUUGGCACAGAAAUGCACAUUAAGGCUCACUAUGGUUACGACCCUGAAGAUGACCUCUACAUUCCAUGCCGAGAGCUGGGGAUAUCUUUUGAGAAAGGGGACAUCUUGCAUGUGAUCAAUCAAGAGGACGCUAACUGGUGGCAGGCCUAUAGGGAAGGUGAAGAAGACCAAGCACUCGCUGGACUCAUCCCUAGUAAAAACUUUCAAGAACAGAGAGAAUCUCUGAAGCAAGACCUAAUGCAACAGGAAGAGAAACAGAGGAAGAAGAAGAAAAGAAUAUGUGCAGGAAAAGGCAAGAAAAAGAAGAAAAAGAUGUACAACAGUGGAGGAAAUGAUGAUCUUGAAUCUGAGGAGAUUCUAUCAUAUGAAGAAGUUGCCCUCUAUUAUCCGGAACCCAACAGAAAAAGGCCAGUGGUUUUGAUUGGUCCACCAAAUGUAGGACGUCAUGAACUAAGACAACGACUAAUGGAGAGUGACAUAGACAGAUUCGCCGCUGCAGUACCUCACACUAGUCGACCAAGGAAGUCUGGGGAGGGAAAUGGCAAGGAUUACCACUUUGUUCCGAGACAUCAGUUUGAGCAGGAGAUUGUACAAAAUAAGUUUGUGGAACAUGGGGAAUAUGAGAAAAAUUUAUAUGGCACUAGUCUCAUGGCAAUUCGUGAGGUAGUCAGUGCUGGAAAAAUAUGUGUGCUCAACUUACAUCCACAGUCUUUAAAGAUUCUAAAGGUGUCAGAUCUAAAGCCCUAUGUUGUGUUUGUGGCGCCACCUAACCUAGAAAAGUUACGAAGGAAUCGAGAAGCAGCUGGUGAUAAAGUAUCUAUGGAUGAACUUAAAGAAAUUAUAGAAAAGGCCAGGGAAAUGGAGGACAAUUUUGGUCAUUACUUUGACCUGUUUAUAGUGAACUAUGAUAUGGAUAAAGCAUUUGAUGAACUAGUAUCAAACAUUAACCGUUUAGAGGUUGAACCUCAAUGGGUGCCUGCACAGUGGGUGCAAAGUUAGUAGCUAGGACUGGAAAUGGUUAAUACUGCUGUUUAUUGGAAAUUAUAUGAAAACACCACAUAUCUGGGCUGUACAAUGCAAUCUAACAUAUCUGGGCUGUAUUUGCAUAUAUAACAUAUCCUGGUUGUGGAUUGCAAAUGCAAUAUACAGUUGCAAAUAUUCUGAAUGCAACAUAUCUGAUCCAUGUAUUGCAAAUUCAAGCUGUAUGGGACAUGUAUUCCAAAUAGCACAUAUCUAGACAGUGUUAUGCAAAUGUAACUUAUGUUGGAUGUAUAUGACAAUGUUAUCAAUCACACAAGGAUUGUAUUUGUGUCUGGAUUUUUCACCUAUACUGCCAUGUAAUUAUUAGGGAGUAUGUGAAGCAAAGUGCCAACUGGAUAGUGUGCAUAAAUCAACAUAUAAAGGAAUAUACCCAGGAGUAUGUGUGUUCCAAUAUCUUCACAACUAUCCCAUAUAAGGUUGUGCACCACAUUGAAUGUGAUGGGAUGAUUUUGGAUGAUAUCAACACUGAAUUGGAACACAUAUAUAUAUAUUAAUGCAUGUGAAUAUAGAACUAUUUAUAAUAAUCCUAAAUGUCUAAUGUAUUGAACAUGUGUGUCAUGGUAAGUGUAUUUAAAAGAUUAAUCAGAUUGUCUGAUUAAUCUGAUGCAUUAUGGGACACAAAUUCACAGGCAUAUUUCAGAUAAUGUCAAUUCAAAAAAAAGUCAAUAUGGUCAGGAAAUUGGGUAAAACGCCUCACAAUAUUAUAUCUAGUCUAUAACCUAGGAGCAGGAUGAUUCUGUAACCAGAUUCACCACCAGUUACUUUCAUUUUCCUCUGAGUUGACAAGUAUCAAGAGAAAGAACCUAAACAAGAUAGACUAUCAUGGAUACAUGUAUAUAUUCCAUUGAAGGUAGGUAGGUGGGUUUAUACUGGGACCAUUAUAUGCAUGGUGUCAGUUCUAAUUGGCCUACCUUAAUGAAAAUGAAUCCCUUUCAAUGUAGAAAAGAUGAAUUUGUCUUUUGAUGUAUGAAGAGUUAUUGACAAGCCCCUCUGCACUGUAAAAGUUCCUCCCUGCACCCUUUUAGUGUCAUUCAGUUAUAUAAAAGUUGUAUAUUUUUGUAGUUUUUGGUAAUUUUGACCCAACAUGCAAUCAACCAACCUUUAUAUUUUAAUUUGAAAAAAUAAGACAUGUGUUGGAGAAUGUUUAAAAAUGAAGGAUUUACUAAUUCUAGGAGUAGAACUCAUACGUGCAGUUGUAACUAUUUGAAUAAUAUAUUUUGAAAAGUGUAGUCAGCUAUUGUAAAAAUAAAAUUAAUGGGAACAUAAUGUAUAUUUUAAAAAAAGUAGGUUCCCAAAAUUGUAGCUAUACAUUGUAUUAUUAACACAGAAAGGCAUUUUCUGAAUUUUGAAAAUCUGAUUGAGAUGUUGACUAGUAUUAUUGUCUUGUGGCUAAGUAACGAGUGACUGAUGAAGUGUGAAUAAUUAUGGCAAUUACAUUUAACAGUUAACAAUUACAGUUAACUUCCAUAACAUAUGUCUCAAAUGAUACAUAGGUAAAAUUGUGCAACUCAAAAAUCUUUGACUUGAAUAAUUGUUGCAUUUGCAUUAGAUUAGGUUUUGGGCAUCUCAAAAAGAAUUAUAAUAUUCAGAAAAUGAAUCUUCCUGACAGUAGUAUUCAUGUACUAUAGUAACACAUAUUUAUUUUAUACAGUAACAAAAUGUACAUUUUUUGUUUUUACUGUUUUAAGCAUGAAUAUCUAACUCAUGUUUUUGAAUGAUUUAUAAUAACAUUUCAUAUUGACUUUGAAAAUAAAACUAAUAGCACUUUUAUGACUCCAUUAGCACUAUUUGGUAUAGAUAAAGUAAGCCGACUAAAUUGUGAACUGUAAAGUUGUCUGGUGACUGGUCAAAUAAACUCUUCUAUAUAGUAUAUAUGUACAGGGUGGUCCAAAAAAAAUUGGAACAUUUGAUAAUUGAACUCAAAAUCGUUAUUUUUUCUCUAAAA